CACGUGGGAACUCGCUUGACUUCCUUCGACAAUGUCUCUCCUCUCCCUCCCGCCAGUCCCGCCAGAGCUCAAGACCGUCACUCCAUUCCUGCAACGCGCGGAAGAACUCAAGACAAAGGACCCGGUCAUUGCCUACUGGUGUGCCUACUAUGCUGCGCAAGCCGGUAUCUCUCACAAGCUCAAGGACAAUGCCGCUCGCAUGUUUUUGCUGCACCUGCUUGAGACUCUCGAGAAGAUGAAGGCCGAUAUCGGCCAGAACGAUGUCAUUGACGACGAGUCGGUGAGCAGUGCUUACGUCGAGAACUUUGCGCUGCGCGUUUUCGCGGCUGCGGAUGGCGAGGAUCGCAAGGGGAACGCAACACGAACGACUGCAAAGAAGUUCCUCGCGGCAGCAAACUUCCUCGAGGUUCUAAGCGUGUUCAACUCGAGCACGGACGCGCCUGCGACGACGAUCAAUGUGCCUGAGAAGAUUCGCUAUGCGAAAUGGAAAGCUGCCGAUAUCGCGAAGGCUUUCAGGGAGGGCCGCAAGCCCACUCCUGGCGGAGCAGACGAAGUACAGACAACUGCUGAAGAAACCCCUCCCGCUGCUAGCCCCGAGCUCUACGAUGCGCGUCCUAGCAGUGUAUCACCGCCCGCUAUACACCGAUAUACGCCUCCACCCGGUUUCAUUACUGACAUGCCUCCGGUAACGCCACCAUCAGACUCUUUAACAGUACCAUUCGCAGACCCCAGGGAUGGUCUUACAAGUCCGGGGGCAUGGAGCACCAUCGCCACACCUGGGACGCCAGGGCAGGCCUUCCCAACCAGUACGCCCAGCGUCGACGAUAUCAGCCCCAAGGGGUCUGCUUUGAGGAAGGCAUGGGUGAGCGAAGAGCUGGAAGGCAAGAGCGAGGAGGAGAUCGACCAGCAGGCUGCAGUUGACAACUCUGCUCUUGGCAGUCUAACUCCUCCGUCUUCGGAGUCAAAGGGCGUUCGCUUCUCACCCUCGGUUAUAGGCGGUCUGACACCCUCAGCUGUUGAACCGACAGCCGAUCCUUUCACUCCAUCGGAGACGCCAUAUGGGCUGCCCCCAGGCUUUCCGAGUGCACCCCCACCGCCACCACCCUUUGUGCCUUCGCAUUCCAUCAGCUUCCCGCCUCCCCCCCUGCCCAUUUUAUCGCAGCAGCCGGCACAUAUACCCCAGACGGCGGAGGCGACCAUUACGCCAGCGGCUGAAGAGCUCACUCCCUUGGUGGUAGCCCGCAUACAGAAGCACUGCAAGUUUGCGAUUUCGGCGCUGGACUACGAGGACCCGGAUACUGCUAGGAAGGAGCUUCGGGCAGCGUUGAGGAUGCUUGGAGGGUGAAAUGGAAGUGACGAGGCGGAACUAUGUACAAAAGUCGUACAAAUCCCUCUCGAAAGUCAUGGUGUAUUAUAGACGUUUAUUAAGACGCUGGAGACGAGAAUCCGAGAGGCAUGCUAUGAUAUUGGCGAAGCAUGAGGAUCCGGACUUUGUGUCCUUGGUAUCUGGAGCUUAUUCAGGGCAGCGUGUAAUCGACUAGGAGCGACCUGAGGCGAGAAAGGCAGCCCAGGGGAUCCGGGAUCCGCUGUAAACGUCGGCGAAGGGCUACUGAAGACAGUCGUCAUAGAGUCCUUGGUGUUGUGCCUCGAUGUGAAUUCCAUCGUGGGCGUCGGGAGAGCGUGAAUGACGUUAGGGCCUUCGAUAAGUCGUCCAGCUGAAGUACGGGU